AUGGAAGGAAGGGGAGCCCAAAGGAGCAUGUCAAUCGCUUCAUUGAUGCCUUGGGACCAUAUGCUGGUGAUCAUAAUCUUCGACUUAGAGAAUUUUCAAAGAGUAUCACCGAUCGUGCUUACACAUGGUAUACGACGUUGGCACCAGGCUCUAUUCACUCUUAGGAAAGCUUGGCGAGCAGGUUUUGUAAGAAGUAUUUCCAGCAUGAAGAACGAGUCACCACCACUCAACUCAAUAACACUCGUCAAAAGCAUAGUGAGGAUCCCUUGGACUUUGUACGUAGGUUCUGGGAUCUGGCAUUGGAUUGCUACGAUGAGAAGGAUGAGGAGCCGCUUGUUGAAAUCUGCAUUGGCAAUAUUGUGGCAGAUUAUAGAGUUUAUUUGGAGAAUAUUGGCAUUAGUCAAUUUUCUCGGCUGCUGGAAGCUGUGA